AUGAGAAAGUUGAGUAGCUUUGAUGGUACUGCUGAUGAAAGAGACGGUGAGUUUCUUCGUCCUGUUGCAACUGUAGCUGUGAGAGAUGAUGAAAAUCAAGAGGAGCAGGUGAAGGUUGAACAGCCAGUUUGUAGAGAAGACAGAAGAGGUGGUGAUCAUCAUAGAUUAGGAAGAUAUGGUGCUGCUGACGAAAGAGACGGUGAGUUUCUUCGUCCUGUUGCAAAACUGAGAAUACCAUGUGAAGAAGAACAGGUUGCAACUGUAGCUAUGAGAGAUGAUGAAAAUCAAGAGGAGCAGGCGAGGGUAAAUCUGUUAGCUAGUCCUCUGGUUGCACCUAUAGGGAUUCAGUUUAGUUCAGCUAGUGUUGGUGGUUGUUCCGGUAGAAAAAUGGUUCCCGUCUCAACCAGCGCUGACGUAAUGAGUGGUGGGUUACCAGACACAGAGAUGCUUAGGAAAAGGAUGGAGAAUAUUGCAGUAGCACAUGGUCUUGAAGGGGUUUCUACUGAGUGUGCUAAUACGUUGAAUGCUGUGUUGGAUGUUUAUCUGAAGAAGCUUAUCAAAUCGUGCGUUGAUUUGGUCGGAACUCGGUCCACAAAUGGAAUAGAACAAGGUCUAGUCAAGCGUCAGAGUCAGAAGAUGGUUAACGGUGUGCAAAUACAAACUCCUGGCAGAGGACAAGAUGAGCAUUCUGUGUCUCUGGUUGAUUUUAGAACCGCUAUGGAGUUGAAUCCACAACAGCUUGGGGAAGACUGGCCAACACUCUUGGAGAGAAUCUCCAUACGGUCUUUCGAGGAACACUCACUUCUGAGGUGUGAAAGAAAGUGAAAUCAUCAGGCAGGCAUGCCUGUUGAUGGCAGAGAUGAUGAAGCUAUGAGUUUCUGAGCUGGAGAAAGCACGUCAUCAGCAGACCUCAGAGAAGGUUAGUAGAUUUAAUUUUCGAAAUGCAACUAAUCCCUAAAGAAUCUGUAUAAAGAAAGAUACGUGUUGUAAGAAUUAGCAACCUCAAAGAGUUUUGGAGCCUUUGUGUGUAUACUACUACUGAGUUUUGGCAAGAGAUACUGAGUAAGGUACAAAGUCAAAUCAUGUAAUAGCUAGCUGGCUGCACUUUGCUCUAUAUGCAACCCUAGUGUUUACAAUUCAUAUCUUAAAUAACAAAUUUGACAUUCCCUUUUUGUUCUCUCAUAUCAAUUGGAAAUUUCGUUUAUACAGAGUCCACAAUGAAUUUGCCUCCGUUGUCCAUUGUGUCCUGUCUGUUGCAAGUUUCUAUAUGUUGAAAUAAGAUUUAUUCAAGAAUUUGUAGUUUAUUCAUGUUGACAUCUUUUGCCUUUUAUGUUUUACGGGGUGCCUCACUUGGGUUAGUACAGGAUUGGUUUUAUUCUUAAUAAGUAUGGGAUACAAACUUAAUGGCUACGAUAUUAGUUGUUAGAGUAUUGGUUUUGUCCUAUAAAGGAAUGUUGAAGGAUAUCAAUGCUAGAAGAAUUUAGCCAAUAGUAGUAGUCAUCUUCAGACAAGGCUCUCACUCUUUGGAAACUUGCUACAAUGCAUUGGUUUGUCUACAGAAGCGGGCAACUGUUUCUGGUGAGUUCUUUCUUGAACUUUUAUGACAUCUAAUUUGUGCCACCAUUAAAAAGCCUUCUCAACUUGCUUAAAUUACGAUUAUAUAACCUGCAAUCCCCUAAAAGAUUCUGCACUUUUAUUAUAUCCUGGAAUUUGGAUCUUUCUGAUGAUUAGAGAAUAAGAAUACUCUAAUGCGUGGUUUUUAGACAGAAGAAAAACUAAUCAGUACUUCUCCUUACAAAACGGAGCACCAGAGUCUUCAUCUGUAUGCUCUAUUGGAUAGUAUUGCAGGAGACACUGACAAGAGGGUGCUACUCACUGACCCUAGACAAAGGUUCGCUUUCAGGUAUUUUGAUAACUCUUCUUAAGUGAGAGCAUUCAGAGUAGUACUAAGCAGAGCAUGAAACUCUUUCCUUGUUGCUGAAACUUGAUGUCAUGGUUUGAGCAUUCAGUUGUCUCAGCCAGAUAUAUCUUACCUAUGUCUUUGCCUUUUUGCCUUUUGCAGGCCAGGAACAUUCAAUGUUUUUUUUUUUUUUUUUUUUCACUUAAUCGCCUUCCUUACCUAUACCGUUCUGUCUUUCGUAGUACAUAAAAGUAGAACAAAAUGUUUAACUCGGGAACUCUAAAUGUUUGCUCAAUUUGUCUGGUGAUGUUUCAGCAUUAUUCAGGUCGUAGUUGUUUGACAAAAGCAGUGUGUCCCGUUAUGUUUGUGCUCGAUUUUCGUUCUAUAUAUGUUUUGUAAUUAAAAAGAAAAUCUAUCUAUCCAUUAUUACUGCA